GAAUACCCUGGAGGCUUCCUCCUGAGCGAACAUGAUGAGACCGAGACUCCUGAAGCAAGCCUCCAUCAACCAUAAACAUCAUUGCUCACGGCAUGGAUAAAUGUAAUACUGAAUGUUUAUCAGAAAAACGGACACCAGUGCCAAAGUGACAUUGUGAGACUUGGACAAAGGCAGGUUUGACACAGGAUUUGGCUUGUGUAAGGCUGAAAAAGAUGAUGAAAAGCAAGAAGAUGAAAAUAGCUGCUGUUAUUGUGCUCCUGGUUAAGAUAUCGCACUGCUUUGCUUAUCCAGAUGGAAAUUUUUUGAUCUACAAUGCACAUAAGAACAGAUGCCUGACGGACAGCCUACAAUGGUUAGGAGUGUGUGACCCUCUCAGCGCAAAACAGCAGUUUCGCUGGACUUCUGAGGACCGAAUCUUUAAUGUUGCCCUGAAGAAAUGCCUUGGCAUAGGGAGCAGGAAGGAGGGCAAUAAACUGCAGUGGUAUAUCUGUAAUGCUAGAAAUGACCUCCAAAAGUGGGAAUGCAAAAACAAUUCACAGUUUAGCCUGAAGAAUGAGUCGCUGUACUUGUCCCUUCAGGGAGAAUCUUAUUCUCUAACACUGUCCAAAAAGCAGGAAGUCAAGAGCCAAUGGACAAUACAUGGAACAACGGACAGCAUCUGCUCUCGACCAUAUCAAGAAUUAUAUACACUUAAAGGAAAUGGCUUUGGUCGUCCAUGUAAUUUUCCAUUCAGGUACAAAAAUAAAUGGUAUGCAGGCUGCACAAAGGACGACUCCUCUAAACGCGAGUGGUGUGCAACUGAAAGUAUAUAUGAAGAUAAUGAGCUCUGGGGUUAUUGCCCGACAAGUCAAAUAGAUGACUUCUGGACCAAGAACCCUCUCACAGGCAUUUAUUACCAGAUAAACAAAGAUUCUGCACUUACCUGGUAUCAGGCCAGAAAAAGCUGCCAGCAGCAGGGGGGAGACCUGUUGAGCAUCACUGAGGCCCACGAGCAAGCUUUCAUAUCAGGUUUGACUCAGGGGAAUGGCCCAGUAUUGUGGACAGGUUUAAACAGUUUAGAUGCCUCAAGUGGAUGGCACUGGAUCAAUGGGCAACCUUUACGUUAUUUAAACUGGCUCAGUGGGCAACCAUCUUCUCAACCAGGUCGUAGCUGUGGAGCGAUAAAUCAGCAACAUGAUUCCAAAUGGUCCACCGAUAUUUGUUCUGCGAAACGUGGAUAUAUCUGCCAAAAAGUUCUCUACACUCCCACUAUUCCACCAGUGGUGCACACAGGUUCUUGCCCCAGACCAUGGAUACCUUACUCAGGUCACUGCUACUAUCUUAAUCGCGCCAAAAAAACAUGGCUGGAGGCAAAAGAUGCCUGUCGGCGUGAUGGUGGAGACCUGCUGAGCAUUCUCAGUAUAGAAGAACAAAGCUUUGCCAUCUCACAACUUGGAUACUUAAAGACGGAUGAGUUGUGGAUUGGCUUUAAUGACCUCAAGACUGCAAUGUUUUUUGAAUGGACUGACCACUCCAGUGUCCCAUUUGUCUCAUGGGCGAUGAAUGAGCCAAGCCACAAUGCUGACAAUAAAGAAGACUGCGUUUUAAUAAGAGGAGAGGAGGGCAAGUGGGCUGAUGAAAUCUGUCAAAAAAAGUAUGGAUUCAUCUGUAAGAAAGAUGCCAAUUCAGUUCCAUCCACUAAUGAUACAGUUGUCACAAGUCCUGGCUGCAAGCCUGGUUGGAUCAGAUAUGGGUACUACUGCUACUUCAUAGGAACAGAAACUAAAACCUUUGAAGAGGCCAAACAGAUGUGUGUGAAAACUGAAUCUUAUUUGGUUGACAUCACAAGCAGAGUUGAAAAUGCAUUCCUGGUCAGCUUGGUAGGGAUGCGACCAGAGAAUUACUUCUGGAUUGGACUCUCUAAUAACAAGGAUCAGCACACCUUUGAGUGGACUAACAGCAAAAAAGUUUUGUACACUCACUUCAAUGCUGGAAUGCCAGGAGGGAAACAAGGCUGUGUCGCCACUACCACAGGAAUACGUGCUGGAUUAUGGGAUGUACUAAGUUGCACUAAUAAGGAAAAAUAUAUCUGUAAAAAGAUGGCUGAGGAUGUUAUCACUACUCUGGCCCCCAUAACUACGCCUGCUCCCAACUGCAGCCACGAAUGGUAUCCACUUACGAACAGAGACUUCUGUUUCAAGCUAUUUAGCGUAGAUCCCGAACAAAAGAAGACUUGGUUUGAAGCUCUCGCCUUCUGCCGGGAACUUGGGGGCGAUCUACUGAGUAUCCACAGUGCUUUUGAUAUCCAGCUGACUCACUCUAUCUUCACCCGCGGAGCAUGGAUUGGUUACAGUAUCCAGGAUCCCUCUGUUGGUUAUGUAUGGAGCGAUGGAUCCACUACAUCAUAUGAAAACUGGCAAGAUGAUGAACCAAAUAAUUACAACAAUGUGGAAAACUGUGCUGAAAUGACUUUAUGGUGGUGGAGUAGAACAGGAGCAUGGAAUGACCUGCACUGUGAAGACAGAAAGGACUGGUUUUGUCAGAUUCGAAGAGGAGUUACACCAGAUGAAGUGGAAAUUACAACUCAAACAUAUAAUAAAACAGAUGAUGGCUGGGUUAUAUUCAAUGAUAAUCAGUAUUAUAUCAGUGAAUAUGCUUAUGUCUCUAUGGAAGAAGCAAGAUGGUUCUGUAAGCAAAGACAUGGUGAUCUUGUUGUCAUCAAUGAUGAGAAAGAAAGAAUAUUUCUGUGGCAUCAGGGAAAUGCACAUAGUGAUUUUUAUAUUGGCAUGAUAGUUGAUCUGGAUAAGUCUUUCACAUGGAUGGAUGGGUCUCCAGUUGUAUUCGAGGCAUGGGAAAAAAACCAGCCCUCUCUUCUGAACAAUGAAGAGCGUUGUGUAAAGACAACUUAUUCUCAAGGGUUCUGGGAGACUAUAAAUUGUGGUGAACGACUAAAUUUUAUCUGUAAACGAAGUGGCUCUGUUGAAGUCAAUUCCACUGCUGCCCCCACUGAGCCCCCCAGAGGAGGCUGUGCUCCUGACUGGGUGAAGUUUCAGGGAAAGUGUUACAAAAUAGGACUGGAGGUGAAGACAUGGACGGAAGCCAGAUCAUACUGUAGACAUCUUGGAGGAGAUCUCACUUCUAUUACUAGCAGACUUCAGCAUGCCUUUUUAACCUUACUGAUGGAUGGUGAUAACCCGGAAGAUUUAUGGAUUGGCUUCAGUAACUUGGCAAACAGAGGAUUUAAAUGGACGGAUGGGAGUGCGGUCACAUAUACAGGCUGGGCCAAAGGACAACCAGCAGGAGCAGAAUAUAUGCAAGCGUGGGAAAAUGAGGAACCAAGUUGUACUGCAAUGGGAUCCAUGCAAACACUUGAGCUGGGCAAGUGGGUAACAAAAGGCUGUAAUGAUACCAGUGGAUUUAUUUGCAGCCGUGCUAUUGAUCACUUUAUUGAACCAAGCCCGACAAAGACACCCACGACUUUCAUCAAGCUUGGAAAUGAUUCUUACAUGGUCUUGCAAAAAAACUUGACCUGGAAUGAAGCAAAGCAUGAGUGUGAGUUAGAGGGCGCACAUCUGGCUAGUAUUCGGGACUUGCGUGCUCAGUCUUACACUGAGCUGCUGUCUGCGAAAUUUGGACAGCCCUUGUGGAUUGGCCUUAACAGCAAAGAGACAGAUGGAUACUUUUUGUGGAUUGAUAACUGGCAGCUGAAUAUGGAGAGUUGGGGCGACGAUGAACCAAAGAGGGACCACCCCUGUGUUUAUGUGGAUGUGGAUGGAAAAUGGAAAACUGCCUACUGCAAUCAAACAACCUACAGCAUUUGUAAGAAAUCACCAGACGUUGCUCCACCUCAACCAGAGCAGUACCCUGGUGUAUGCCCUGACAUAAUUGAAUCUGACCCGAGGAUGAUAUGGCUGCCUUAUAGAGGACAUUGCUAUGCAUUUGUGACUGAAAGCGUAUCAUGGAGCAAAGCCUCUGUGCUCUGUUUGUCAAGAGGUGCCAGUCUUGUCAGCAUUGAAGAUACAAGUGAGGCCAAGUUUAUAGAGAGUUACAUCAGUUUUCUUGGGAGUGAUCAUGGCAAGUUCUCAAUAGGCCUUUUUAAGACACAUGCAGAUCACUGGCUGUGGCUGGACAAAACUGUUGUGGAUUACACUAAUUGGGAAAAAUCUACAGACUAUGAUGGUUAUAAACAAGACUGCGCGUUUAUCUCCACCACAACUAAACAAUGGGGAAAACAACACUGCUUAUAUGAUUAUGCAUCAUUCAUCUGCAAAACAGCCAAGGUUCCAAAGCCAACCACUUCUCCAGGAACUACAGAUGAGGUUGUAACACAUAGGAACCUUGCUGGAGUGGCUGUGGCUGUGGUGCUUGCAGUGCUGUUUGUGCUCGCUGGAUUGGCUUACAUCUACCACAGAAGGACCACCAGCCAGGUUGCUGCACCUCCAUAUGCGAACCCAAUGUAUUACAGUACAGAAUCCCCCUUGCCAGAGGACAAAGAUACCAAAACAUUAGUUGACCACAUGGAAAUUAACGAAUAAGUUUCAUGAAUAUUCUUUUUAAAUUGGUUCUUUUUUAUAUUAAUCAUUUUAUUCUUUAUAUAAACAUGAAUGUUGACUAAAAGCUUCCACAUUUGGGCUGUUAAGUAAGUGGUUUUGGAAAUUAUAUCAGUGCUUUGGGGCACAAAUGUUUAUCAGAAACUGGAAACUGGUGUUACACUUACUAACUAGAAUUGCUUUGCUGCUCAAAUACUUGUUUGUUUUAAGUUAAAUAAAAGAAUAUCAAAGAUUUAGUCUGCAUGUAAGUUCUAAUGUUUGCCCUGCACUUUAUAAAGCAUGAUUUUCUUUUAUUAUUAAUGUACUUUUUUAUUUAGCUGGUGAAGCAGUUUUGCUGCGUUCUUUUAUAUACCACCGAACAUGUAGAAUUACAUUUUUAAAAUUAAAAAAACGUUAUUUUAAUUUAAUAGAAUGCUAAAAAUAUUUUCUGAAAGAUCCCCCAAAGUCUGGCAUGGACAAAGGAAUAUUUUAAGUUCAAAACUGUGUUAAACGAUAUAAAAUCAGAAACCAGUCAAUACUCUAAAACAUAAUUUGCAGCACAUUAACUGUAAUUUUAAAAUAUGUAAUUUGACUAUUAAAUUAUAUGCAGAUGCAUUAUCAGAAAAAUAAAAGAAUGAAUUGUACAGUUAAAAUACAUAAUACACCAAUCAGCCAUAACAUUAAACUCACUGACAAGUGAAGUGAAUAACACUGAUUAUAUCAUUACACUGGCUCCUGUCAAGGGGUGGGAUACAUUAGGCAUGAAGUAAACAGUCAGUUCUCGAAGUUGAUGUGUUGGAAGCAGGAAAAAUGGGAAAGCGUAAGGAUCUGAGCAACUAUGACAAGGGCCAAAUUGUGAUGGAUUGGGUCAGAGCAUCUCCAAAAUGGCGGGUCUUGUGGGGUGUUCGUGGUAUGCAGCGGUUAGUACCUACCAAAAGUGGUCCAAGAAAGGACAACCGGUGAACCCUCCAAAUUCCCCAGAUCUCAGUCUGAUCGAGCAUCUGUGGGACGUGCUGGACAAACAAGUCUGAUCCAUGGAGGCCCCACCUCGCAACUUACAGGACUUAAAGGAUCUGCUGCUAUAUAGAAAAUAGCUGUAAAAUUUCCAUAUAAAUUCUAUAAUAAUAAUAAUAUUAGUAUUUUUAAUCUACAGUUUAAUGCAAUACCCACAAAUUGUGUAAUCAUAAGACUAAAAGUGAACUUUGUUAGGAUCUGUUGGACAAAUGUGUUAUAAUGUAUUGAGAAAUUACUUUUUUUAUUCUGAAACUAUAAUAUCCAGUGUAAUGGCACAUCAAAUCAGAUCUGCCAACCUUCUGUGUAUGAGGUCUACAUUUUACCAUCACUCAAAAAUAUGCCAAAAGAGCAGUCUUUUCUGUCCCCCAAUAAAAAUAGCAUGAGCCAAUCAACAUAUGACUCCGGAAUGACUGACUUGCGUAGGUGUUUUGAACUCUCCAAUAUUAACUGACACCCACUGGGUUUUUCUAUCAAGCUAAAUGGAGUCUGUUUUGAGUUCAUUAUUAUGGAAAAAAAUCCAUCAGUAUAUGUUCGACCUAGCUAACGUUGUGCAAGUUUAUGGUGUAGAUCAGUUAACCACAUUUAUUAGGAAUGCACCCAAAUUUUGGCCACCAAAUGGUCCAAAAAUGAGGCUGAAAAUUUUGAACCCCACAACAAAAGAUUAAAUGGACAACAUUAUGUCACUUAAGUAUACUUGUCACUUAACACUUAAUUAAUUUUAAUAGUAAUGAUAAUUGGAAAGUAAUGAGAAGCAAUGUGCGUUCUCCUGCACUGCUCAGUGCACAAUGCAAACAGUUAAGCAGUAGCAGAUCAACAGUGCAAAAUGCUGGCUUUGUGGAAACAUUUCAUGAUGUUUCUAUGAGGGACGUCUGACAGGAAAUUUGUAAAAGAGCGAUAUCAAACGUCUACUGUGCUAUGUCUUUUUUUUGUUUACUGUUUGCUGCAUUUUU